GGAAGACAAAUGUGCCUAAUCAGCCAUUGCCACAAGCCCUAAUCUCGUCCACCUUCCAUGCAGCCUCACCGAUCGUAGCAACGCAGCUGGAGACUCCCAAGGUGACAGAUCCAUCACCGCACGGUGUUUUGCAUAUUUUCAAGUUUAGAGCCGACGUCGACGAGUUUCGCAGGGCGAGGGGAGGAAGCAGAAGAAGUUGUGGCCGGUUUGCGGCGGAAGGUUUGCAUUGGGUCGAGCUCAUGGAGCGAGCUCUUGCGCGCUUGUUGCUGCGGACCCACGCCAUCCGCGGGUCCCGGAUCGCGCUUCGUCAGAGGGGAUCUUCGAGAACGUUACCACAAUUACGGCAUUGUGUUGCUGCUUUUUCUUCAGAUAUCUUCCCGCGAAAUGGUUUGAGGGUUCUGUUUGCUGCUAAGACAAGGCCAGCUUGGCUGGGGUGGAACAGAGGCUAUGCAGAUGUAAAGGGUGCCCCCAACGAAAUCGUUGUUCCGUUCAUGGGAGAUUCAGUGCCAGAUGGCAACCUUGCUUCAGUAUUGAAGAAUGUCGGGGAUUCCGUGGUGGUUGAUGAGAUUGUUGCCCAGAUUGAGACCGAUAAGGUUACAAUCGAUGUGCGAAGCUCAGUCGCUGGAAGAAUCGAACAGAUUUUAGCCAGACAAGGAGACACAGUUACUCCUGGAACGAAAGUUGCAAUUGUGGCCAUAGGAGAACCUAGGGCUGCGUCUCCUCCUGGUCCUACAGCAUUUACCACUCCAUCUCCGAGAGCACCAGCAGCAGCAUCUCCUGCAGUAACAGUAGCUCCUCCGCCACCAAAACCAGGACCAGUAAAGGUUGAUGCUGCUGCUGCUGCUUCGCCCAAAGCUGAUGACCUUUCAUCACCUAAACGUGCAGCAAUACCUCAGCUUCAGGGCGGAGAGCGAAGGGUUCCAAUGACUAGGUUACGAAAACGAGUGGCUACUCGAUUGAAGGAUUCUCAAAACACUUUUGCGCUCCUCACAACUUUCAACGAGCUUGAUAUGGGUAACCUGAUGGAGUUGCGUUCUCAACAUAAGGACACGUUUCUGGAAAAGCAUGGUGUGAAACUAGGAUUUAUGUCUGGGUUUGUGAAGGCAGCUGUGAGUGCACUUAAGCAAUUUCCUGCAGUAAAUGCGGUAAUCGAUGGAGAUGAUAUCAUAUACAGAGACUACAUUGACAUCAGCAUUGCUGUUGGAACUAAAAAGGGACUUGUGGUGCCUGUUCUUCGAGGGGUCGAUGGCAUGAACUUUGCACAGAUAGAGAAAAUGAUAAACAUGUUAGGGAAGAAGGCUAAUGAUGGGAGCAUAACCAUUGAUGAUAUGGCGGGAGGAACUUUUACUAUCUCUAAUGGUGGUGUUUAUGGGAGUCUCAUAAGCACUCCUAUUAUCAACCCUCCUCAAUCCGCAAUUCUGGGAAUGCACUCUAUUGUGAAGCGCCCAAUGGUUGUUGGAAAGGACAUUAUUGCUAGACCUAUGAUGUAUGUGGCACUCACGUAUGAUCACAGGCUUAUAGAUGGGCGAGAAGCUGUCUUAUUUCUCCGUGCGGUGAAAGAUAAUGUGGAAGAUCCGAGACGUCUACUUCUAGAUAUUUAAGGUAGUUGAAAAACUAAAGGUUUGAUGUUAGGCUCACGGAUGGAAGAAGGGCCAAUUUCUUGGCACUCUUUGUUGAGAAAUGAGGGUGAGAAGUUGCAUAACACCAGUUCACGAUGUACGGAGGUGUUUGGAUCAGAAAUCGUGAUUUUGGAUGGAAGGUUGGUAUCUGUGUAAGUUGCCAUAGUUCUUAAAUUGAUUUUGCACUUUAAUAACAGUCCUUGAACAAA